AUGGGCCGACACGAUGAGCGGCACUACUACUGGGGGGGCUCACGGCCGGGCAUCCAGCGCUGCGCCUGCGGGUUGGACAAGAACUGCGCUGACCCCAAGUACUUCUGCAACUACAUUGGCGGGUACUUCGAGGAGGGCACCUGGGUGCGGUACAACAUCCUGCCGAUGUCGCUGUACGCCGCCCGCGAGUUCGCCAGCAUCAUCAGCAGCCCCUGGCAGCCCUUGCCUGGCUACAACCUCACCAGCGAGGAGGUCAGCUUCAGCUUCAGCACCACCUCGGCGCCCGCCGUGCUGCUCUACGUCAGCUCCUUCGUCAAGGACUACAUGGCCGUGCUCAUCAAGGAUGAUGGGAGCCUGCAGCUUCGCUACCAGCUGGGCACCAGCCCCUACAUCUUCGCCCUCACCACCAAGUCGGUGACGGAUGGGAGGCCCCACCACGUCAACAUCACGCGCCUGCACCGCACGCUGUACACCCAGGUGGACUAUCUUCCCGUCAUGGAGCAGCAGUUCUCCCUGUUCGUGGACAGCAAGCUGGACUCACCCAAAAACCUGUACCUGGGGCGCGUGAUGGAGACCGGCGUGAUUGACCCCGAGAUCCAGCGCUACAACACGCCCGGCUUCUCAGGCUGCCUCUCGGGGGUGAAGUUCAACAGCCUCGUCCCCCUCAAAGCCAUCUUCCGCCCCACCAGCGUCGUGCGGCCCUACAGCAUCCGGGGGGAGCUGGUAGAGUCGAGCUGCGCCUCCAUGCUUCCCCUCACCACCAUCCUCAUCCCCCCUGAGAUGGACCCCUGGUACAUGGGCACAGAGUUCCCCCACGUGCACGACGAUGGCUGGAUCGGGAUCAUCAUCGGCUGUAAGUGA